AUGAGCGUCGUCUACGAACCCCGUAAUUUCAUGCACGAUGGCUCGUAUCCUCCCAUCGGCGAUCACGAUCACGACCAUGUCCUCGAUCAGACUGGGCAAUACCAGGCGUCCGACGUCCCGGACCUCGCCUCCUACAAUCCGACGUCCUCGAUGCUCGGCGACGACCGGUCUCUAAUGCCGGACGGUCUUGACGAUGCCUCUGUUGGCGUCCCAGAUGCGACGCGACUCGAUCUUUCAGCGCCUCCCACUCUUGCCUCCCUACCUUCGAGUCUUCCUCCGGCGCUUCCCGAGCCCCUGCCAUCAAACAACAAGGACGAGGGCGAGGCCUCGACUCCUACGUCGAGGGUUAAGUGCAUAGCAAAGCCUGAACGCGAGGUGACGAAACAGCCUGAUGGAAAGUUCUACUGUACUUUCCCGGGAUGCACGGAAGAGACUCAAAUUUUCACCCGGAAAUGCGAAUGGAGCAAACACAUGGACAAACACGAGCGACCUUACCGAUGCGCUGCUGAGGGUUGCGAAAAGCUUCCCGGCUUCACAUACUCCGGCGGCCUCCUCCGCCACGAGCGCGAAGUUCACGGCAAGCACGGCGGUCCAAAGAACACGGUCAACUGUCCCCAUCCGAACUGCAAGCGUCAUACUGGAAAGGGCUUCUCACGGCAAGAGAACCUUAAUGAGCAUCUACGACGAGUACACACGAGCGACGGUUCCAGCACGGUUCAAGAAGACAUCCAAACCGGUAGUGACGGUGACAGUGACAAGGCUAUUGGAUUCGGCGCAGGCAACAAGCGAAAGCGCUCCCGGAAGGGAUCUGACGCUGGUCUGGACGAGCUGCGCGAGGAGAUCAAGCGCGUACGCAUGGAGAAUGAAGAGUUGCGCCAGCAACUCGACAGACAGGGCCAGCACAGCUUCGCCAUGAUGUCGCAGAUUGCAGAGCUCCAGGAUGCGCUGCGGACGAACCUCGAUCCGUCCGGACUCGGCGCUCCCACCGCCACGAUGUUGUGA